AUGGGGAAAAACGGCGUUUUUGGACAGCUGAGAGGCAUCGAUGCCUUCUCGAAAACGAUGGACGAUGUGCGCAUUCGCACCAAUGCAGGCGCACUCAUCACACUCAUCUCGGCGCUGCUUAUCCUUGUUCUCACCAUUGGAGAAUACGUCGACUAUCGCACAGUGCAUCUCAAGCCAGCGCUCGAAGUAGAUCGAUCCCGCGGCGAAAAGCUGACGGUCAACAUGAACAUCACCUUCCCGCGAGUGCCAUGCUAUCUUCUCUCGCUCGACGUUAUGGACAUAUCCGGUGAACACGUCAAUGACAUCCAGCACGACAUCGAGAGAACACGCAUCAGCCAAGAUGGCAAGGUCAGCAUACAGGGCACAAAGUCCCUCAAAGGUGACGCUGCAAGGAUCGCAAACACCAAGGGCAAGGACUACUGCGGUGACUGCUACGGCGGUCAACCACCAGCCAGUGGAUGCUGCAACACUUGCGACGAGGUGCGCGAGGCCUAUGUUCGCAAAGGGUGGAGUUUUUCUGAUCCCGAUCAUGUCGAACAGUGUGUUGCUGAAGGAUGGUCCGAGAAGAUCAAGGAGCAGAACAAAGAAGGUUGUCGUAUCUCAGGCAAACUUCACGUCAACAAAGUCGUCGGUAGCUUCCACCUUUCUCCCGGCAGAGCCUUCCAGCGCAACAGCAUGCACAUCCACGAUCUUGUCCCUUAUCUUUCCGGCAGCGGUGCAGAGCAUCACGACUUUGGCCACAUUAUCCACGAGUUCAGCUUUGGCUCUGAGCAAGAGUACCAUGGCCUCACCACCGCCAAGGAAAGAGCUGUCAAGGAUAAGCUCGGCGUCAAGGAUCCACUGGAGGGCGUUCGUGCUCGGACCAAGGAGAGUCAGUACAUGUUCCAGUACUUUCUCAAGGUCGUCUCAACCGAGUUUCGUCCGCUGGCAGGCGAAACCCUCAAAACGCAGCAAUACUCAGUCACCACCUACGAACGCGAUCUUUCGCCCGGUGCCAACGCCGCAGCUCUGGCCGGUCUGUCAAACGAAGGCUCGGGUGCUCGCAUCUCUCACGGCUUCGCAGGUGUCCCCGGUGUCUUUUUCAACUACGAGAUCUCGCCACUCAAAACCAUCCACUCUGAAUACCGUCAAUCUCUUUCACAUUUCCUCACAUCCACUUGCGCCAUCGUCGGCGGUAUUCUCACCGUAGCAGGCAUUCUCGACAGUCUCAUCUACAACUCGGGAAGAAGACUCGGCAUUCGCGAUCAUAACGAUGACCACGCCCAGGAAGGUCUGGGCUUUACUUCCAAGACUGGCAAGUUCCUUUAG